GGCACGUUCAGCAGCAGCAGCAGCAGCGCGCACGACGACAGUGAGAGCAGCCCUUUUCCCAUGAUGGCCGAGGUCGCGACGAGGACCUCGUGAAUUUUUCUGUGAUACCUCGGGGUUUUUGUAUAUUAGAAUGACCAUGAUCUCCAAAACCGCGGUCGGUAUCGCCGUCGGGAUCGCCGGGAUCUUCGUCGGCUACUGCUUUUACUUCGACCAGAAGCGCCGCAGUGAUCCCGAUUUCAAAAAGAAGCUCCGCGAACGUAGAAGGGCUAAGAAGCAGGCGCAGAAGGCUACCUCGAAGAUACCGGAUUUGAGGGAUCACGAAUUGGUGCAGAAGUUCUUUUUGCAAGAGGUACAACUCGGCGAGGAGUUGCUUGCUGUCGGUGAGAUAGACGGCGGAGUCGAGCACUUGGCCAAUGCGGUGGCGGUCUGUGGACAGCCAGCUCAGUUGCUGACAGUACUCCAGAAGACUCUGCCGCCGCCAAUCUUCCAAAUUCUGGUGCAGCGACUACCAGUUGUCGGCCAGAAGAUAGUAUCGCAAACUCAAAUGGCGGAGGAGGACGUUGAGUAGAGGAAUAUAAAGUUUCGUUGACAAUAUUUGAAUCUGAAAUUAGCGAGGAGUCUCUGCUCAUUUUUGCACAAUAUGAGUGCGAAUAUAGUUUACCGUCUAGAAAAAUCCUACAAUUGUACAAUUCGUUGUCCUGUAUCGAACUUCCAUUUUUCUUAAGUAGACGUGCAUGUACCAAACUGUAUGUAAGAAAUUUUUACAAACAUUCAUUAUUUUAUUAUAAGCGGAUAUAUAUAUUUUUAUGUCCGUUUAUUUGAAUAAAAUAAAUUUUAUCGAAUAGCGAUUCUGACAAUUUUUGACAGAUAUAAAGCUUAUAGUUAUUCUGAUGUCAAAUCAGGAUUUAAUUUCUCCGCAAUACAAUUGUUGUAUGUUCUUAAAAAAAAGAUGUAAAGAUCUCUGAGGUACACAUAAGGCUCUAAGUAUUUCCGUGAAAAGUAUAUAUUCAAUACAAAAUCUUGCACAUUAUUGAAAUAUUCGUAAUCUUAAUGGAUUUAAAAUCUAUUCAGAUGUAACUAUCACAGCAUUUUGUAUGCAGUCACUCACUCUUUCUUAUUUGUAUUGAUUUUAUAUUCUAUGAGAAAAAUGUGUAAUUUGUCCUUAACGAUUCACGUUCGCAUAUCCUGCUUUUACCAAUAAUAUUUUUCUAAUACCAAGAAAUUUUCUUUUUGUUACUUUGUUUAUACAUACUAUAUGUAUAUUAUUGAUUUGUUAUAAUAGUUAAACGAGUUAUUGUACACAGGUUACAAGUUCCAUCAAAAUAUAAAUUUCUAAGCAGAUUACAUAUAGUUAGUGUUUCAGUCCGAUUCCGAGCAGCAUAUGUCGCAUAUAUGUGUUCAGGAGUUGACGCUAAUGAAAUAAAUCAGUAAUGUUUUGAUUAAAGUUGCGUUCAGUAGAAUACGCUGUCACUAUCACAUUUGCGAUACUGAUGAGCAUAUACGUUGCCUUACCUUGGUGUAGUAAAUGUGGAAAAGUGACUAGUACAACGCCACAAUCUGUGGAUCCAAUUGUAAUCUUAAACAAUUAUUGUAAUCGUCGUGAGCUACGAUGUUGACAUAUUCAGUAUAUUGCACAUUCAACAUUUACAAAAAAAAAAAAUAUGAGAGAUUUACCUCCUGUGCUCUCAGAUGUAUCAUUAUAUUCUGGAGGCAUUUACAAAAGUAUGUAUCACAGUUGGAAGAUUAUUGUAAAUCUUACGAUGUGUGUAUCGCUAUGAAUUUGUGCAGAAAUAUGUAUUUUGUAGAUAAAAUCUAAUGUCAUUACACAAAUGCUAUAAAUGCUAUAAACGCUAUAAAUUAUUUUAAAUAUAGAUACAUGUUAUAUCCCAAGAUAUUUAACUCUCUAUCUCUAUCUCUCUCUAACAUAAUAAACAAUUCAGAUACACAUUACUUUCGAUAUGAUAAAUUAUAUUCUUAUAAAAGAGAUACACUUGAAAAGAGAUUCUAUCAAAUUAGCACAAAUUGAAGAAAUAAAAAUAAAUAGAAAAUAUUUAUUGUGCGCACAGGAAUACUUCGGGAACAUAUUUUAAGCGUACAUUAAAUUACUAUUUGAAAUAAGACACAGUCGAGAUAAAAUAUAAAACUUCUUUAUUUAUACGUGUAUAAAUUUCUUCUCUAUUGUAGCUUUAAUAAUUCCCACAUACAUAAUCAUACCUACACAUUACAGUCUUAUCUAUAUACAAUUAUAUACGUGUUUCGCACACAAGUACCAAGAAUAUUUUUAUGAUCGGCACAUAAAUAACAGACGGAAAACCCAAUUAUGAACAGUGAAAUUACACAAUGCUCUUGAUACUUUGUAACUUUAUAUAUAUUAAUAACAUUUCGAAAUGUGAAAUAAAAUUUUGAGUUAUUCUCUUAAAAUGAGGCAUUCAAAAAAUUCAACAAAAUCAAAGAUUUACAGUAUGCUAUAUCAUGAGCUAUAUAAAUUGUGCACGUACAAAACUUGACUAUUACAAUCUGUUUGAUGUAAACGGCAUUAUAUGUAUAUAUCACAUUAAUUGUUAACAAUCUGUACAUGGCAGUGUUUUGCAAUAAACUAUUAUUUUUCAA